ACAGAUCAAUAAUGACAUUUGACAUACGUCAAAAUCAAGUUACGUUUAUUUUUUUACAUGAAGCACUUCAAUAUUUUGUUUUUGGUGGUUCCCCAUAUUAAUACUGUUUUUAACAAACGUUUAGUAACUAAUAGCGGGUUGACUUUCUUAUUAAUUGCUUAAAACGUUAAUAUCGUGUCAAAGUAGAGAAAUAUGUUGUGAGAGUGACGAAAUAGCUCAACCAUGGAAUCACUGUCGAAGCAAGAGUUAAUAUCAACAAUAACUAAGCAAGCCGAUCAAAUCAAACGUUACGAAGCACGUUUGCGAGAUGUAGUUGCAGCAUAUAAAGGUCUUGUAAAGGAGAAGGAAGCUCUGGAGAUCAGUCUAAAGGCACUCAAUAAAACUGAGAGCCCUGUGGAGGGUGGCGGUGGAGAUGAUUCUGUGGCGGCCCUCACUCUGUCCUUAUCAACCCUCACAGCAGAGAAAGCUCGUAUGGAGGAGGCUUUCCAAGCAGACAAAAAGGUUACGAGAGAUAAGUAUGAGAAUAUAAUUGCGACCAUGCGUGAGGAAACAAAAACAUUAGUGCAACAGCAUCUUGUUGAGAUGAACAACUUGAAAGCCAAGAUAUCAUAUGAAAUUCAGGAACGGGAGAAGAGAGCUGACCAUGCUGCUAUGUUGAAGGAACUACACCUGAAAUUAAACAGUGAGAGAAAAAAUAAAGAGAAACUAGAAGACAAAGUUGUGAACUCGAAUGAAGCUCAGGCAUCACAAGCGGAGCUGGAGAAGCGAGUGCGCGACCUCAGCAGCUCGCUGGAGGCGGCGCAGCGCCGGCUGCAGCGGGCCGAGGCGCGCACGGUGGAGACGCCCGCCAUGCUGCUCCGGCUCCAGCAGAAACUCGCGCUGCUCGAGCAGUCGCACUCCGUCGCCAUUCGAGAGGAGCAAAUAAAGGCGAAGCGUGCAGAAGAAUCUGCCCGCAAGCAAUGCGCUCGCCAGGAAGAGCGCGUCGCCGCCCUAGAGGAGAAGGUGGCCGAGCUGUCGCACACCGUGGGGUGCUACGACGCGAGGCGCCAGACUGACCUCCGCACCAUUCAGACCCUCAGGGACCAGCUCAGAGCGAAACUGCUCACGGAUUUAAGUACUGACGAGAAACCCUCACCAGAUGUGUCAAAUAAAAGUGAGACGGACAACGAAAAACUAGCCGACAGCGAGUACCUGCAAAACCUGAUAGACAAAAUACACAUACUGAAGAAGGAAUUAAUAUCGGAGAACGAUAAACUAGGCUCACCUAUCGACAUCACGACAGUAUUCAAAGUAGAUGGCUAUGAAAACAUCCAUUUGAAAUGCAAGGAAGAGUAUGAAAACCUUAAAGCGGAGUUUGAGGCUUAUAAAGCUAAAGAAGUAACGAGAGAGCGGGGAGGGGAGAGUGAGAGUGAGAUAGAGAUGCUCGAGAGUGAGAUAACGUUGUUGAGAGAUAAGAUUGAGACAUAUGGUACGCUAUUGGAAGAGGAAAGGCAGGAUAAAAUUGACACGUUGAAGAUUUAUGAAGAGAAACUACGGAACGAGCAGGAAUAUCACAAGGAGGUAACGUCGGAGCUGAAGACCCGAGUUCAGAGCCUGGAGAAGCAAGUGCAGACGCAACGAGAUAGGUACGCGGCCCUGCUGGACGAGACGGACAACUACAUCCGCGGCAGGAACGAGCGAGCGCGCCGCGUCAGUGCGGAGGACGGCUGGAGGGACCACGGAGUGCUGGCGGACGUGACGGCGCCGCCGCACAUGCUUCACUACGCUCAAGAGUUAGCCCGCAAGGACCUCGACAUAUCCCAGCUUAGGAAGGAGAAACACACCCUCGAGGGACAGUAUCGAGAUUGCCAACGUGAAGCUACUAUUGAGAAAGAGCGGUUCAAAGAAGUCGUAAGAACUCUGAAAGAGGAAAUAGACAGACUUCGACGCAUCCAGUCGCGCGAAGGUGCAAACCUAGAAUACCUGAAGAACGUGGUGAUGGCGUACCUAAUGUCUACAGACUACGCCGGAAGGAAACACAUGCUCAACGCGAUAGCCGCGGUGUUACAUUUCACCACUAGCGAAAAGAACAUGGUGCUGUCGACUUUGUGAUUCGCCACUAACUGUCGAUCGGUGUUGGUCUGGAAUUGAAAUGGAUGGUGUUUAAUCGUUUUUUGUUGUAAUAUUUACAUGUGUUGUGAGCUCUUGUAAAAAAAAUUCAAGGUUUGCAAGAGGACCGCGAGCUCUUAGCACCAUCGUAGUUGAAUCAGCGUUCAUUCAAGUGAGCUAUAUCAUCUCA